GACGAGGGUAUGUUUGGUGAGCUGAUUUUCCAUCGGAAGAAGAAAUGGGUGCAUCAUGUAGCCCACCAAUAUCCCAUCUUCUUCUUCGUCUUCCCAAUCUUAACCACAAAACCCUAACUCCCCCUAACACCACCACCAAGAAACCCUUGUUCAUCGUAGUAUCCUCCUCCGCUUCCCCAUUAACACUACAAAGAAGACAAUUGCUCUUGCUUUCUCUCCCAAUCUCACUACUGACCUGUAGUUCGGGCUCCGCCGUUGCGGCGUCUGUUUUCGACCCACUUACCGACGCAGAGAGAGCUGCGAGCCUGGAGGUGUCCCGAAGAGUGGCGGAGGCGGUGGAGCUUCUUGAAAAAGGGCGGGAGUUUCAGGCACAGGGUGAUUAUGUUCAAGCUCUUCAAUACUUCACACAGGUCGUGAGAGAAUACAAAGACUUUGCUCUUUCAGAGUAUGCAAGAGUCGGUAGAGCCUUAGCCUUAUAUGAGGUUGGGGACAAAGAUGAAGCAAUUGCGGAAAUGGAGGACGUUUCCAUAUCUUUAAAAGGCAGUCCAGAAGUGCAUGCAGCUCUGGCAGCAGCGUUAUACUCAUACAAGCAUGCCUCGGUGCUUGCUGAAAACCAGUUCACAAUAGCAACUCUUUUGGAUCCACAAUAUACAGACCUCGCCUAUGUAAAAGAUACAAAGCAUUGGCCUCCGAGUUUGGUUCGCUCAUUGCAGGAUUUCAUCACACUUUCUUGAAGUGAUCCACAUCUUCAUGCCAUUGUUUUUGUAUAUUUGCUUGAAUCUUUUCAACUGAUACAAGAAGAACAUAAAGCAUACUAAAACAAAUAUACGCAUAUACGUUUCAUUUUCUUAUGUGGUGUCUUUGAACCACUAGCUUCAGAGACCAGGUUAAAUACCUAAAUGGCGCUGUUUAGAAAAUAUAAGAUUCUAUUGUGUUGCCGGGUUAACCUAACCUUUAAUUUGUAUUCAAUUUCAACCCAUGAAGUUUGUCA